CCAUUUUUUUGUGGGCGUGUCAAAUCAAAACAAAUCGAUAUCAAUGAUAUCAAUGAGUUCAAUAUCACCAACGGGAGCAGCAGAAUUUGAUUUGACUCUGCGCUGUGGACAGGGCGUCCUCCGUCGAGAGGUUGACCGCGUGUUGAAUACCUACUGGCGAGGGAGAGAAGGGUAUGCCAUCUCUGCCAAAGAAGAGCGACGAAUCAACCGCGGUGAUGGAAAUCCAGGGCUGUAUGGGGAACUAGCACCAGAAGGAGCCCGGCGAUUGGCGGAAGAGUGGGGGCUUUGUGAAGGUGGCAAAGCGGUGGCGACUUUUGCAGACCUUGGCAGUGGUGUUGGAAAGCUGGUCGUCCAGUCGUACUUGGAAUGGCCCGGUGUACACCGGGCGUUGGGUGUUGAGCUCUCUGCCACCAGAGCGAAGCGUGCUUUGGAGGCUUGGGAGGCGUUGCUUCUCAGUGACGAGGCAUUUGAGCUGCGGCAGAUGGCCCUGAAUCUUGCUGGGGACAAUGAUGCAACACCGAAUCCGGCGGAAGAGGUGAAACUCUUGCACGGCGACCUGUUGGAUGCCGACUUGAGUGAUGUGACGCACGCCUACGUGUCUUCCCUGUGUUUUCCAGAGUCCUUGAUCUUUGACGUGAGUUUGAAGUUGAAGCAGGCUCCUCGGCUUCGAGCUGUGGCAUCCUUGCAGCCUUUGAAUUUGGAUUCAGGAGCUGGGAAAGGGCAGGAACGUGAUGAGAAAGAAAGCAAGAAAGAAAGAAAGAAAGACAUAAAAGAAAAGAAAAGGCAAAAAAGGAAAAGAACAAGAAAGAAAGAACGAAAAGAAAGAACACAAUAGAAAACAAAGACAUAUAGAAAGAACGAAAGACAGAACGGUAGAAAUAACAGAUACAGUAGAAAGAAGGAAAGAACGAACGAUAGAAAGAACGAAAGACGGGCAGAAAGAACGAAAGAAAGAACGAUAGAUAGAGAGCUAGUGAGAGUGAUAUAAAGAUAGAGAUAGACAUGCGCAAAGGUGUCAAGGUCAAGGUGUGGAUUCUUGGAUUCUUGUCAUCAGCAUUUUCUUAUUAAUCUGGACAUGAGACAAACUCGGGAAGAGUGCGUACGAGUUGAGUCAGCCUUAGGUGCUCGCCUUUUGGCGCUACCCACGUCCUGGACAUCCCGACGAGGUAUGGGCACCAUUGCUCACUUUUAUGACCUCGGCUAAAAAGGGAUGGGCGCUUUCGCAUUUUCAGAAUUUCGACAGAUCAAGCUGACUUGGUUUGAGCGAACAUGGAUGAUAUAUGUUCCGGAUGCAAAGCCUUCUCCAGUCUCCACGUUCCACUGUCAGUUGUCGCUGUAGUAGUACAUCUCGCAUCCUUUACUCAUUUUUUCCUUCAUUUCCUCUCUCUUCACAGGGUAUUGCUGGGGUUGAUACUGCGAAUGGGUGAUCUAGGUUUGGGCAGGUGGUGUUCAACGCUUUUUCGGCCUUUUUUCACACGAUUUGGCGCAGCCUGACUACAGUACAGUUGUGUCCCUGUGUGAUCUGUCGUAUCCUCCUGCAAGCUUGUUGCCUUAUUGUCUCACGUGUUUUGCCGCUGCCGUCCUGUCUCCUUAGCUUUUCUCCCUACUUGGCCUGUGUGAUUGUGAUCUACAAUUUGCCUCCGGUGCCGUCUUGUCUCCCAAGCUUGUUGCUUUGCUAUUCGUACCUUGCGCGUGCGAGCAACAUUUUUGCGGGGUCUAUCUAUAAUCUAUAUAUAUAUAUCAGUGUUAUUUUUCAGGCCAUGUAGGCUGCUAUGUCCGAUUAAAGGUUUUUUGGGACAUAUCGGUUUGCAAGCAUUUUUUUCCCCAAGCCUUCGAACCUGAUACGUCCCCUCAACGGGUAAGACCAACGAAGAGAUGCAGAGAGCACAG